AAUUGGCAGCACUGCUUCUGCUUAUACAAACGAUAGCAUUUUACACAAGCCGACAAGAGGACGAACACGCGAAUCUCCUUAAAUUUGUGCAGAUUUUCCAAAAAAAUUGUAAAAGAGUGGAUUUAAGACAAUAUAAAACAUCUAGUGAUAAAAUUAUCGUAUAUUGUGUUCUGGUUUCAGUUCUUUUUUGCUACUCUCAAACGAUUUAGUGAGUUUAGAACGCUAAACCAAUAUGGCGGACAAUGAUGAUUUGUUAGAUUACGAGGACGAAGAGCAGCCUGAAACUACCGCUACCGAAACACAGGAGGCUCCUAAGAAAGACCUAAAGGGUACUUACGUAUCAAUACAUAGUUCAGGUUUCCGAGAUUUCCUGCUGAAACCAGAAAUUCUUCGAGCUAUUGUUGACUGUGGUUUUGAGCAUCCCUCAGAAGUGCAACAUGAAUGCAUACCUCAGGCCGUUUUGGGCAUGGACAUCCUUUGUCAAGCCAAAUCUGGUAUGGGAAAAACGGCUGUCUUUGUCCUUGCCACUUUGCAACAACUAGAACCCAUUGAGAAUGUCGUCUACGUGUUGGUUAUGUGUCAUACUCGCGAGCUUGCAUUCCAAAUUAGCAAAGAAUAUGAGCGCUUCUCAAAGUACAUGCCUUCAGUAAAGGUUGGUGUGUUUUUUGGAGGUUUGGCAAUUCAGAAAGACGAAGAAACUUUGAAGAAUGUAACGCCACAUAUAGUGGUAGGAACUCCCGGUCGUAUCUUGGCUCUAAUACGUAAUAAAAAAUUAAACUUGAAGCAUUUGAAACAUUUUAUCCUUGACGAAUGUGAUAAAAUGUUGGAACAAUUGGAUAUGCGUCGCGAUGUUCAGGAGAUAUUCCGCAGUACACCGCAUGGAAAGCAAGUUAUGAUGUUUUCCGCUACACUUAGCAAGGACAUUCGUCCAAUAUGCAAAAAAUUUAUGCAAGAUCCUAUGGAAGUUUACGUAGACGACGAAGCCAAACUGACUUUGCACGGCCUGCAACAGCAUUAUGUUAAAUUAAAAGAAAAUGAAAAGAAUAAGAAGCUUUUUGAACUCUUGGAUGUCCUGGAAUUUAACCAGGUUGUAAUUUUUUUAAAGUCUGUACAACGCUGUAUGGCGUUGGCUCAAUUGCUAACCGAACAAAAUUUCCCAGCUAUAGGAAUACACCGUGGGAUGACGCAAGAAGAGCGCCUAAAUCGUUAUCAGCAAUUUAAGGAUUUCCAGAAACGCAUUUUAGUCGCUACCAAUUUAUUUGGUCGUGGCAUGGAUAUUGAGCGUGUUAAUAUCGUUUUUAAUUAUGAUAUGCCGGAAGAUUCUGACACGUACUUGCAUCGUGUGGCACGUGCUGGACGCUUUGGUACUAAGGGUUUAGCUAUAACCUUUGUCUCCGACGAAGCUGAUGCUAAAAUCUUAAAUGAAGUUCAAGACAGAUUUGACGUCAACAUCACGGAAUUGCCAGACGAAAUUGACUUGUCUUCAUACAUUGAAGGCCGAUAAAGAGGUUGUUUUAUACGCAAAGGAAAGAUAAUUUCUCUUUUCUUCCAUCAACACCGUAUCGAAGACCACAAGUUUUCUUUUUCAUUUUAUUUGAAAUAAUUACUUUAAAAAAUUAUGUUAAGGAAGUUCCAAUUUUUUUUUUUAUAAUAAAUUAAAAUCGAAAGCAAAUUGUAAAAUUCAUUAGGUUUGGUAACAAAUUUAUGCAAAUUAAAUGGCUAAUAAUUAUUCCUAUUAGAGAAA